AUUCAUUUUGCCAAUGGAAAAUUGUGAAACAGUGGAAAAUAGUUACAUGAUACAAGUAGUAGAUAUAUGUGCAUGACUGAUGGUGAGCUAAAGAGAAACAAGUGUUGACAUCAGCUUAUACAGUUAAAUAUUUUUUAAAGAAAAAAUUCAAUAGUGUGUGAGAGAAAAAAGAGAGAACACCCAUAUGACUUAACGAUGUGAGUUGUGUGAAGAAAAGAAAUAAACAAAAUAUAUAACGGUGUAAUUGAUACGAUAUUAUAUACGCAUCAUUAUGUCUUCGUAUAAAGGAUAUGUAUCAUCAUGGAAACCAAAUCUGUCACCAUAUCUAUCAUCAAAAACAUCUCCUGCUGCCAGUCGGUAUUCAUCGCGUGAUGAAGUCAUUGGAAGUUCGUCCGACUCAAAGGCAGCCCCACGUUUUGGAUCGUUAUCAUCGCCAUCAUCAUAUCGUCCAACUUAUUCGGGUGGCACCUAUCGCAGUGUUAAACGUGAUACUCCAGUUGUGCCAAGCUAUACGAGUCGUUGGCUAACAUCAACUAAAGAACCGGCCACCAAAGACACGGGAACGAUAAAAAAGGUGGCUGUAAAGCCAUCGAUAUCGAACGAUGUAACCAAUUCAAGUAAAAAUAAGUUUACCAAGAAUAGCCAAAGUUCAACACCAUCGGAAAAUCUAUUAAGUAAAACGAAGGCAAAAGAACAGUUGUCGACCAUAACGCGACCAUCAAUAACUGUAGCCAAGGUGCGAAUUCGUGAUGUUAGCUCUUCUAAUAGUUCGUACUCUACAUCAAAAUCAAGAGAUGCAAGUCCGUGUGAACCGGCCAAGGAUCGAUAUACAUCAUCGUCGGGUUACGUGUCUUCAUCAUACAGUAAACUUUAUCCAAGGAGCUCAAAUAAAUUGCAAGUAAACAAUUUCCGAAGUCGUUCAACAAGUCCAGCCGUUUCAUACUUAAACGGUAGCGAUGUCGCUGGAACAUAUCGUCAGAAUGUCAAACAGAAUGAAGACAAUGCCAAAUUAUCAACGGAAAAUAUUUCAUCGAUCGAUGAAACAACAAAAAUGAGCAGCACCAUCGAAUCACUUCCCGAAGCAAAUGUGGAAAUGAUUGAAGUGAAUGUUGUUACACGUGGAACUUCACCCAACUUAUGCUCUACGAGUACAACUCAUUACACACGUUGUCGAAGAGCUGAUAUUGCAAAGACCAUUGAAAAGACGAUCAUGCGACCGAAACGUAAAGCAUUGACUGAGGACAAAGAAAUUCAAUCUGAUCGCAUGGACGAUACGACAAAAUAUUCUCGUUUCAGCAGCGCCCGAUCAACAACGCCGUGGCCAUCAUAUAUGGAUAAUAAAUACAAUUCAGUGAGCUAUUCACGUUUAAAUAUGUCAUCAAAUUCAGCAUCAUCUUCACUGUCCAAAUACAGCAAUACGAGCAAAAAUGCCAAAGAAUCCACAGAUAGUGGAUCAUCGGAGAAAAGUGUUGAAAAAUCACCGGAGAAAAGUGUAUCGAAAUCAUCCCGAGAAAGUUCGGUUGAUUCAAAGAAAUCGUCAUCGAUUUCGCGAAGCAAUUCAAUAAAAAGUACGUCAAAAAGUGAAAAGCCCAAAUCCAAAAGUCCACCAGUUCCAACAUCAAAGAGUACAUCGUCAUCGCCGACAAAGCAAAAAGUCUACAACAGUAAAGCACUUCUUCCGCCGCAGCCACCGAAAUUGGAAUCACCGACAAAAGUAAUAUCGGCAUCAUGUUCAUCAUCAACGGCCAGUAGUACAACCAAUUCAAAAUGGGCCAACAAAGAUUUCCGUAAAUCAGCAUUGAAUGUUGGACAGACCGAUAGACCGCGCAAAUCUCGAACGUCCAGUGCAAGCACAGACAGCGAGGAUAAUAAAAAACUACAACAAAAAUCGGUAUCAAAUCAAAUGCCGUUCUCACGAUCGGAUCGAUCGCCAAGUGUGAGCUCAGAGACGAGUUAUUCAAGCGGCAGCAAUGCCGAUGAUGUGAUGAAAAAUUUUAUGAAAUUAAAAAUUUCGUCAUCGUCGUCAACAACAGCACCGAUCACAGCGGCAUCAAAUGGGUGCGCGGAAUCAAUGCAAUCAAAUAGCGAUGCCGUUAUGUGUGAAAAUACAACGAAGCCAAGCGAUGCGGUACAAAGUCAAACAUUAACUACACAAGACUCAUCACCGCAUUCGAAUGAAUCAUUUGCAAAAAUUGAUAAUACGAAAUUAAGUAUUGUGAAUCGCGUCCUUGGUCCCGUAACAAAAAUAUUCAAAACGAAAUCGCAAUACCUCAGCGAAAGUCACAGCGGCUCCGAGCCCGACAACAUGAUUAGUACAAACGAUAGCAUUAAGCAAGACACAUUAAUCGAUUCUUUGCUUAAUCAAACGACAACGACAACGAUAUCGAACGGCUCAAAAUUACUAAAUAGCAAUAACUAUUUGGCCGACGAAUCGAAUUGGAUUAAUACAACGCUAAACGAACAAACGACCGACACUCAAUUUGAUAAAUUCCAAAGCGAAAAUACAACAAAUAUGAAGGACCAAUUGAGACACAUCGAUUCCGACAAUGAACUACCAUUGCCAUGGUGGCUCAAUGAAAUGGAGAAUGACGAUACCAUCGCCGAGGAUGUUACAUUGAAUCAGAGUGAUAACGAAAUGACACGAAUUAAUAAUAGUGUAGAUGCUGUAGACACGAAUCAAUCGACUCCAGCUAUCCCAUGGUGGAUGUUGGAUCAUUCAAAUAGUCAUAGUGAUGCGAUGAAAAAAAAUUGCAUAACGCACGUAAGUUCGGGCGACAAAGCUUGGUGGCUUGACGAGGAUACAGAAGAAAGUGUAAACGAUAUUCUAGAGGCAGUUGAUACUGAAAAUGAUAACGCCUCCAAAUUUACAUUUAAAAUCAAGAAAAUCGAAUCGGGAGAGCGUGCAUGGUGGCUGUGCGAAGAAAAUACGGACACCGUUCCAAUGGAAAAAACACACGAAUUCGAUUGUGAUGACACCAAUAAUAAUGAGAAAAAUGACAAUGAAGAUGUUGACUUUUGGGCAACGAUUAACGAAUCACUGCAAUCCAAACGAGCAACAACUCAAACAGCACAGACACAGAAACAAGCUCAACAUCUUGAUCAAAAUCAAUAUACAGACAGAUUUCGGUAUGAUAUUAAUGCAAAUUAUAUACCACUUGGUGAUCGUGCCAGCCCAGAAGGUUUAGAGGACAUGAACAAUCGCAUCGAAAACGGUUCAUCGCCAUAUGAUAAUAUUAAUUUAAGCAAUGUUGAAUCAAAUUUCGAAAAAUUAUUCAUAUCACGACAUCAAAAUAUCGAUGAUGUUCUUGGAAAGCCGUGUCAUGCCUUAAGUCCGAUACAUUUGGAUAAUGAUGCAUUCGAAGAGAUUUUACCAAGUCAAGUGCGCAUUCAUGAUGGAACAGCGAAAAAUGUCGCUAUCGACAAUGAAAAAGACAAUUGGGAAUAUUGCCGACAAUCAUCUCAAACUCAUUCGCCAUUCAGAUUGGAUGAUGCGACAUUACAGGUGUACAAAGAUGGCGAUUAUGGCGCCUACUUAGAUUUGGAGUCGUCUCUUGCCGAACAAUCGGAGGAACUAGAAGGACUGCAUUCAAACAGUCGAAAAAAUUCGCUGGUUGUACGUACACAGCUAAGCGUAAGAGUGCAUGCAAUUAUUGAAAAACUCUUAACAUCAGAGGGACGAGAGUUACGACGUGCGUUGUUCUCAUUGAAACAGAUAUUUCAAGAUGAUAAAGAUUUGGUGCACGGUUUUGUUGCACUAGGUGGACUUAACUCGCUGGUUCGAGUUGGCAACAAUUCCGAUCAAAAUUAUCAAAAUUAUAUUUUGCGUGCUCUUGGCCAGGUGAUGCUAUACGUUGAUGGUAUGAAUGGUGUUAUGCAUCACAGUCCAACCAUACAAUGGCUUUACUCUCUGAUUGCAUCAAAAUAUCGAUUAGUUGUGAAAACUGCAUUAAAACUACUAUUGGUCUUCGUUGAAUAUGUUGAGAGCAAUUGCUAUUUAUUAGUGAAUGCAAUUCAUGUGGUUGAUGCCGCUCAAGAUUCAUUACCUUGGUCAAAUAUUAUGAGGUUAUUGAAAGACUAUGAAAAUGCAGAUACGGAACUGCUGAUUUAUGCAACGACUUUAAUUAAUAAAACUCUAUCGGGGCUCAAUGAUCAGGACAGUUUUUACGACGAAAGUGAUUUUCUUGAACAACAAGGAAUGGAAAGUGUGAUACAGCGAUACAUGUCACGCCCGGGCACCGAUUUAGAUCUUUUGGAUCAGCUUCAGCUUUACGAUGCAGUAUUAAAAUUUGAGGACGGAGAAACGGAUGGCAUUCGAAUACCAGAUAAAUCGAUUCGCAAAACACCACGAUGUAGAUCGCUCAAUGCAAAUGGUAGUGAUCCGUUGGAGCGAAGAAAGUCGCGUCGUCAUAGUUCCGAUGCGGCACCGAAUUCGGCAGAUUCAAAAUGUUAUAGCCCUCGUACACCGAUUGCUAUUCAUCAAACUGUCGACGAAGAUAGUUCAAGUUCAAUCAAUUCGGGUGAAUUAAAUGAUGUAUUUGGUGUAACAAAAGGUGGACAUGAAAAUGCUGGUGUUACGCCAGGACUUCGUCGGCGGCGUGAACGUGCUGAAAGACAAAAAUCAUUUUUACGCGAACAACAAGAAGCUGCAGCCGCUGGUUUUCGACCCUUUGACAUGAAAGAUGAUAUCAUCAAUAAUCAUGGCGUGUUAGUGACUGCUUUACCAUGUCGUCUUCAGAAUGAUAGUCCUCCAAAUUCAAUAGAUCAGCCGAAUUUGAAUAAAGAAAAUGAUUCACAAAAAUUAUUGAACACAAUAACCGAUUCCCAGCCACGAAUUAACGAAAACAAUAAUUUGAUAAAAACAUCAAAGUUUCUACCGGAAAGCGCCAUUGACGAGUCAAACUAUGUGAAUCUCAAUGACAUCACCGCAAAAUGUAAAGUGAUUUCAAGUGAUUUUACACGGAAUUCACAACGAACGAAAGAAAGUCCAGUUAACGGCGUGGAAAAGACAAACCAAAACCAUAUCAAUGUGAUUGACAAUAAAAAUAACCUAGUGAAUAAUUUUUACUUACACAUCAAUUCAUCAUCGACAAUAAACAAUGCAUACAACGCAACCAAACCAAUCAUAUCGAUUGUGAAUCAAAAAAAUCUUAACAAUAUGGCAAAAAAUAGCCAAAACCCUGUCACCACCAAUGGCAAUUCAAAUAAUCUGAUCAGUGGUUUCACCACAAAUGCAAAUGGUUUGAUUAACAAUUUCAAUGCUAAUAAUAAUAACAAUAUUAAUAGUAAUAUGAAUAGUAACGGUAACAGUGUGCUAAAUGAUGCUACAAUCGAUACAAAAUCCAUAACGACAAAUGGUGUCGAUUACAAUAAAAAUGGAUUGCCUGCUGUGUCCACAACACAUAUGAACGAUGUGAAUACAAAUGGACACCAGAUACAGGCCACAAAUAAAAGUGGAAUAUGUAAUAAUAUAACACCACAAACUUAUGUGAUACAUAAUGGAAAUGGAUUAACCAAUGGUAAUAAUGGCAUUAAGGAAAUGCCAAGGAUCGACAGUAAUAAGGAUUCGGAAAACGACGAGAAACGUUUGUUAUUGCAAAUAAAACGUGAUCACACUGUCAAAGAUCUCACGCAAAAGCUAAGCAGUUUACCAAUAAAUGCACAAGAAGAGAAAACCCAAAAUCGCAUUGGCGAUAUGAGUGGACUGAUCUCAAAAGCCAAAGAGGGUCUUGCCAAAAGCAAAAGCAAAGGAGACAUUUCUAGAUCGCCGAGCAAAGACCAAGAAAUUAGAAAACCCGAACCAAAAAAGUCCGAAAACGAGCUGCAUUGGGAAGAACUAAUGAAAAAUAUGACAAGACCAUUAAAUUUAUGCGAUUUAGAUUUUACUGAUCUGCAUUCAGAUGAUGAUAAAGACGAUUUAUUACCGCGUGGUCUAGGUGGUUCGGUACCUCCACCACCACCUCCAAUUGGCAUACCACCACCCAUGAAAGCAAUGCUGUCUACAUUAGAACCACCGCCACCAAACAUGCGUCAAAUGAACGGAUUGAAGACAACAACGUCACCAACAAACAAUGCGUUAAUCAAAAAGAAUAAAAAAACGGUGAAAUUGUUUUGGAAAGAAAUUCGGGAGGAUCUGAUUCCGGUUCAUGUGGGAAAAACUAUUUGGGACGAAAUACCAACUGCUAUAAUCGAUACACAGAAAUUGGAACAUUUAUUUGAAUCACGUGCAAAAGAUACGAUAUCAAAGAAACAGCAAGAGAUGAACAAAAACAAAGAGAUUAUUGUGCUUGACCACAAGCGCUCGAACGCGAUCAAUAUUGCAAUGACGAAGCUUCCGCCACCGCGAGCAAUUAAGGCAGCCAUAUUGAAAAUGGAUGCAACAGUUGUGACCCGGGAGGGUAUUGAUAAGCUACUAAAUAUGUUGCCAACCGAAGAAGAACGUGGUAAAAUCCAAGAAGCGCAAAUGAUUAAUCCAGAACUGCCGCUUGGUAGCGCCGAACAAUUCUUACUAACAUUGUCAUCGAUAUCCGAACUUUCCGCCCGAUUAAAACUGUGGGCAUUCAAACUGGAUUUUGAGUGUAGCGAGAAGGAAAUUGCUGAACCUUUGAUGGAUUUGAAGCAAGGCUUGGACAUACUUCGAAAUAAUAAGACAUUCAAGUGUAUUCUUUCCACACUAUUAUCAAUUGGCAUUUUUCUAAAUGGAGCGCCCGCAAAGGGUUUUCAAAUUGAAUACUUGGCAAAAGUACCUGAAGUAAAGGAUACCGUUCACAAGCAUUCAUUGCUUCAUCAUUUGUGUCACAUUGUCAUGGAAUCUUCGACGGACACAACCGAUUUAUAUUCGGAAAUCGGUUCAAUCACACGGGCAUCGAAAGCCGAUUUUGCCGAUUUGGCACAUAAUAUCACCUACUUAGAAUCAGAAUGCAAAGCAUCCUGGGAUCGACUAAAGUUGAUUGCCAAACACGAUUGUCCACCACAAUUAAAACAAAAAAUGGUCGAUUUUCUGGCUGAUUGCGCUGAACGGAUAAUUAUAUUGCAAAUUGUGCAUCGCCGAGUGAUCAAUCGAUAUCGCAAGUUUUUGUUAUGGUUGGGCGUUCCACAGCAUCGUGUUAUUGAAUCUCGGCCAAAUGAAGUGUGCCGCAUCAUAUCCGAAUUUGCGCUAGAAUAUCGAACGACUAGAGAACGCGUUCAUCAACAGCUGGAGAAAAAAGCCAAUCACCGUGAACGAAAUAAAACGCGCGGCAAAAUGAUCAUUGAUGUGGCCAAAUUUCGAUCGAAAGAAGAUCGAGCUGAUGCUGAAUUAAAGCAAUUACUUGGAUCACAGAGUCCGUCUAUGGAUAAUCUUGAUAGUUCAUGUCAGUACAUUGGAUUUAGACGAAGACGGCCAGAGGUGCAACGUUCGCCCGCACUUAAAAUGUCCGAAGACACAUUCACUGAUGGCGACGAUGAAAUAUUGGAGUCGUUGGUAAAAACUGCAACUUCCACACCAAGAACGGCACCACGUGAACGAAAACGUACUCGCAAUGCCGACCGAAAAUCAUUUAAAAGAUCACGAACUCGAGAAGGUUUCAGAAGUACCACAUCACCCUAAGUAUAGCGUUGGCGCAAUACAGUGAUAAAUUAUUCGUAAGAAGAACACUGAAGAAUGGCCUGAGCGAAGAGGAAAAGCAGCACGUUGCUACAUUUAUAAAAAGUUAUUGACACUAUCAUCAAUUUUACAUGUAUUGCAACUUUUAAAUAAUGAAAAUCAUAAAUAAACAUCAUACAAAAUUAAUACAUAAA